AUGCCGCAGUCUGACGUGACAGUCGAGCGGAAGCAAGCAGAGUCCAACUCCAGUUCUACGCCCGAUUUGGCCUCGGAUAAGCCUGCGGGGAAUGAUCUGGAAGACAACCGCUAUCAUACCGGAUUCCUGAGACGUACCACACUGUUACUUGCUCGGUAUGGAAUCGAAACGCAUGGGAUCGCGCCGGUGCCAGCGGAGGAACGUCUCGAGACUCGAUGGUACCAAAUGUUUUUCGUUUGGUUUUCUGCUAACAUGAAUAUCUUAACAUUCAGCACUGGUACUGUGGGACCUGCAUUUUUUGCCCUGGGAGCGAAUGACUCUAUAAUCAUCAUUGUCAUCGUUGAUCUGGUGGUUUGCUUAUUGCCUGCGUUCUUCGCUGUUUUCGGGCCAAAGCUCGGCACGCGAGCUAUGGUACAAGCAAGGUUCUCGUGGGGGUAUUUCGGUGCCAUCAUACCGACCGUCUUGAAUGUCUUCUCCAUGCAAGGUUUCCUGAUCUUGAACUGCAUCGUCGGUGGACAAACACUAGCUAGCCUGUCUUCUCACCUUGACGAUACUCUUGGUAUUGUCAUCAUUGGUAUCAUAUCUCUUGUGGUAACUUUCUGUGGAUACCGCAUUAUUCACUGGUACGAAAGUAUCGCCUGGAUCCCAAAUGUAGUCGCUUUUAUUACUAUGCUCGGUGUCGGUUACCCACAACUACGUGACAACCAAUCGGUUCCCGUCUCUCCAGCAACUGCCGCUGAGGUUAUCUCUUUUGCGUCCAUUCUCGCUUCCAGCAUUCUCAGUUGGUGUCCCAUGACCCCUGACUAUGGUUGUAAGUCCCCAUACUGUUAUCAGCGUCGUCGUAACAUUCUUGAAAAGGUGACCGCCCACACCCUCGGUGCUGCAUUCGCAGCCGCAGCUCCUAACGUGCCUGCUUGGAAUACAGGAUUUAACAACAGCUCUUCCGUUGGUGGCUUGUUAUACAGCGUGUUGCUACCUACCGGCGCAUUUGGAAAACUCCUGACUGCCCUGGUUGCCCUCAGCAUACCCAGCGCCUGUGCACCGACGAUGUAUACGUUCAGCACCAGCUUCAUGGCUGUCGCCACGUGGUUCGCUGCGGUGCCCAGAUGGGUGUAUAUUCUCAUCUCGGAAGGAAUUCUGAUACCGGUGGCCAUUGUUGGUGCCAAAAGGUUUUAUACUACGUUUGUUGACAUCCUUAACAUCAUUGGAUAUUGGUCAUCACCUCAGUUUUCUGAGGAUCAGUAUCCCAUCAUGACUUGGUCCUCAUAUGCUCUCUUACCUAACGGUAUCCCAGCGGUCGUGGCUUUCGUGUGCGCCUGUGGAGCUCUUGUUCCAUUCAUGUCACAAGCUUGGUAUGUAGGUCCAGUGGCGAGGCAUGGAAGCGGGGACGUUGGGGUGUAUGUUGGGUUUGUGGUGGGGGCUAUCACCUAUGCGUUGACGAGAAGUUUCGAGAAGAUGUGGCACAAUAAGAAGAUGAGUAAAUCAGAUGCUUGCUAG